AACUCUAGGAUCCUGAGCGCUUUCCAGAUUCAGAUCUCAGAGUUCUUGUCUCAUACUACACCAAAAUUUAGCAAUCUCUGUUGUGAAUAGUCCGCCAUGUCUGCGGGAACAAAAGCUUAUCUCGACAUCUACAUUGGGGACCAGGAGAAACAUAACCGCGAACAGACUGCGUACGAUGCAACCCAUAUUCUGCUCACCAAAAAUGCCUCCAUCUACGGCCUACCAUCCUCUCCAGAACUCUUGUCAGAGGAGCAACAAGACAUUCUAAAGGAACUGGAUAGUUCUUUGGAAAUGAGGUUCCAGCCACCUGAGCCCCUUCGUGCUGGUCGAUUGGUAUUCAAGCUGGAUGACUCUCCUGGACUGGUUGAAACUAGGGCCAACUUUAUCGCUUUGUGUACGGGCGAGAAAGGGGCGUGCAAGAAUGCGCCGAAUAAGAGACUGCAUUAUUUGAAUACACCUGUCCAUCGGAUCGUGAAAGGUUUCGUCGCUCAGGGAGGUGACAUUACUAGAGGAGAUGGAAGUGGAGGCGAGUCAAUAUAUGGCAGUAAAUUUAACGACGAGAAAGAAGGACUGAAGAAGAAGUUUCAUCAAGGAUCUCUCGCUAUGGCGAACUCGGGCAAGAACUCCAACUCUUCACAGUUUUUUAUUGUUCUUGCCAACGACGAAACCAAGCUAUCCAAGAUGAAUGGCAAGUACGUUGCAUUCGGUGAGGCCGUCGAAGGUUGGGAUGUAUUGGAUAAGUUGGAUGAGGUUGGCGGUGAUGCUGAUGGCAAGCCAACUUCAUCUGUGUGGAUAGGGGAUUGUGGGAAGUGUUGAAGGGUGGCGUCUGGAGAGUAUGUGAAACCUUCCUUCCCUGAGCUGUUUUACUGAUGUUUACUAAAUGGAUGAAGAUUAAAGAAACCCGAUAUACUGCAACGCUCAGUGUUUGAGCAUAUACAUAUUUGGGUGAUUCUUGGCAUGUCUGACGCCCCUGGCGUUAUUUAUGGCUUUGCAAUCCAUGACUGAUCAUUCCAGGGCGGACAGGUGAAGAUACAGACCAUUCUCUAUUUCAGAUCACCGCGUUUUUGCAUAUGGCGAGGGACCAAUGGUUCUUCUCAUUAGCGCAGCCCUAUUAUUCCUCGCCCCGUUCCUGACGCCGCUGAUAGAUGCUAACUCCCGUCUCUGAGGGCACUAUGCAUGUCUCUAAGAUGCCUCUGGACCUCUCUCUUGAUAUAACUUGCUGCGCCCUGCUUCCUAUGUUAACUGUCCUUUCUGUUGCUACGUUUAGAAGCGAUGGGUCCCUGACUUGAUAUCUUACUCCUUGCUUCCUGUCUGUUUCUGACAGCGUGUCAGAGAAACGCUUUAUUGCCUGCUGUCCUAUGUCUCAUUCUUGUGGCUCCUCAAUCUGAAAAACCUAUGGCUCGCUGUUGCCUGGUUCUCAGACCU